GUGCGAAGGUGUGGCUAUGAGAUGAAAGAGGCGUCGUUGGAUAUUGUGCUUCUAGGCGUCCUGGUUGGAGUAGCCAGUCUUCUUUUGAUUCUACUGGUUUGCUGUGCUGUCUGGUUUUGUAAGUAUCGAUACACGAAACACAAACGUGUCAUCCCCGUGGAAAAGAAGGCAAUCCCUCUUCCCAUUAUCAGACCAUCAACGAAAAUUUCGCAGUUGACUCGUCAGGAUCCCAGGUCUGCCGCUGAGCAGCGUUCGCAGAAGAAGAGAAGGCGCAAAGAGAGAGGUGAACGUAUGGAUGACAACAGGAGCGGUAGUUCAACGCCGCAAUCACGAGAGGAGAGCAAUUCUAGAUCGAAUAGUCCUUCGAUGUCGACUACGAGUAGUAUCCAUCGGAGGGAACAACUUCAGUUGAUUGCGGGUACGCUAGUUACGGCAAGUCCAGCAUCUAGCUUUGAUGAUCCGCCUCCUGCUCGUAGUGUUCGAGGAGCCAUUCAGUAUGCCUUACGAUAUGUUAUGAAGAGAUCACUGCUCGUCGUGACCGUCAUACGAGGCAAUAACUUGCUUGCUGUCCCUCAUGUGUCUACUGAUCCUUACGUGAAGCUCUACAUUCUUCCUGAAUGGGAGGAGAAGAAACGGAAGACGGCAGUUGUCAUCAAUGAUCGACACCCUAAUUAUAACGAGGCUUUCGGAUUCCAAAGAGAAAUAAGAGAAUUGGAAGAUUCUGAACUGCUAUUUCGAGCUUUCAAUAAAGACAAAUUGGCCAGGAACUACUUUUUAGGUGAGAUCAGGCUACCACUUACUGGUUAUGGACUUCAUGGACUGGACAUUGCUGAAUGGAGAAAUCUAGAAAGCUCAGCCGACUUGUACUUGGGAAUGAAUGCUUCUUCAACUGAAAUUGUGGUUACAGUGAAGUAUAAUUUGGGCUUAGGCAGUCUUACUGUCACAAUUCAUAAAGUAUUGCAAAGUGAGGAUAUAGAAACUAGAUCCAUUACAGAUGGGUAUGUCAGCUGCUGCUUUUAUAUCAACCGAGUUUUUCAAGAGAAAGACAUGACUCAGCGUGUUCAAUCUCAGUGUGGGACAGUCAUAUUCAAUUACACAUUCUCUUUCAAUGUGGCAUUUGCUGAAGCCAAAAAGAGCAGUUUACUUUUGCAGCUAAAAGAUUCUAGUCGACAAAGGCCUGAACGGCUGCUGGGAAGAAUUGUUCUGGGAAGUUUGGGUGAAACAGAUGCAGCUCAACAGCAUGUGAAUCAAGCGUUAGAUGCUCCAGAUACAGAUAUUUUGCAUCAUUACAGCCUACUAAGUCAAUGGUAG